GAGCGUGCAGCCAUUACUCCGCGAUGGUGACUGCGGGAGGCUUCACUAACAUUUAACACGCGACCAAACUUGGAUUUACAAACCUCACCUUUACGCUCAGGUGAUCAAAGUAAAGGUGUUUAUACCUCUCGGCUCACCGCGUGUCUCCUCAGUUACUGUCCUUUAUAGCCUACUUUUUGUGCAGCAUUAGAUUAGUUGUGUGUGUUUUUUUGGGCUGUGUUUGUGUUCAGAUGACGGCGCAGGUAGAUUACCUGGUGGUGGUUUUCACCGCCACAUCUGGCGCGAGCGGAGAGCUGCUGGGAUCUGACGAGAAGGAGCUCGUGCAGUUGGUUUGGCAGCUCGUGGAUGUAAAGAACAAAAAGUUGGGCAAGGUGAAUGAGCUCCUCAUUAAGCCUGACCUCUCAGACCUGACAGAAGAAAAAGAGGAGGAGGAAGAUGUGGUGGAGGAGAGCGUAGAAGAGGAGAAUAGCUCCAGAGCAGAUAAUGUCUCCACAGCCACAAGUCUGGAGACGGCAUUAAACCUGUUUCAUCUACAACUGACAAACGAGGUGAACAGCGCGGGCGCAGGCACGUCGGUGUGUUUGUGUACAGACGGGCAGCUCCACAUCCGUCAAGUGAUACACCCCGAGGCCGCAAGCAAGAACAUCCUGGUCCCAGACUGUUUCUACUCCUUCUUUGACCUUCGGAAAGAGUUCAAGAACCACUUCCCCUCACCUGACCCCAAGACUUUGAAUGUGCACAUCAUGGCAGAGUCUCUCAGUAUACCUGUUGACGUGCCCGCCAUGUGGGACCCGUCAUCCACGCUGGAUCCGUCAGCCAUAAUGCCUGCAGAAGUAGCAGUUCAGCAGGUCCAGAUCAUGGGCAGCAUCGUCCUUGCCCUGCUUUCUGAGCCAUUUAGCCACACGUUUCCUACCCAGGAGAGAGUCAGUGAGAAGUUUGAGACCGGCACUUGCAGUAAGAUGGAGAAAGUGUGUGACAACACGGUGAUCAGAGCCAGAGGGUUGCCAUGGCAGUCUUCUGACCAGGACAUCGCUCGAUUCUUCAGAGGACUCAACAUUGCCAAAGGAGGGGCUGCGUUGUGUCUUAACGCUCAGGGGAGGAGGAACGGAGAAGCUCUAGUUCGUUUUGUCAGUGAUGAACACCGAGACCUGGCACUGCAGAGACACAAACACCACAUGGGCAACAGAUACAUAGAGGUUUACAAAGCAACAGGAGAGGACUUCCUGAAGAUAGCAGGAGGUACCUCCAAUGAGGUAGCAAUAUUCCUGUCCCGCGAGGACCAGAUCAUAGUGAGGAUGCGAGGUCUCCCUUUCACCGCCACACACGAGCAGGUGCUCACCUUCUUCUCCCCGGGGGAGGGCCUCAAAGAGACGUGUCCGGUCAGCGGAGGGAAGGACGGCAUCCUAUUUGUUCGCUAUCCAGACGGGCGUCCCACUGGCGACGCCUUCGUGUUAUUUGCCUGCGAGGAACACGCCCAGUGUGCUCUGAGGAAACACAAGGAAAUCCUGGGGAGAAGAUAUAUUGAGCUGUUCAAGAGUACAGCAGCAGAGGUCCAACAGGUGUUGAACCGGUACUCGUCGGCCCCUCUGAUCUCUGUGGCCCCUGCCCCCUUGGUGUCAAUGUUGCCCCCAGUCUCUCUCCUGCCCCCUCCCUGUAGUGUGAGGGACUGCCUGAGGCUGCGGGGGCUGCCGUACACGGCGAGCAUAGAGGACAUCCUCACCUUCCUGGGCGAGUUUACACACGAUAUCAGACCACAUGGCGUGCACAUGGUCCUCAACCAGCAGGCUCGUCCAUCAGGCGACUGCUUCAUCCAGAUGACCUCACCAGAGCGGGCGAUUCAGGCCUCGCAGCGUCUCCACAAGCACGUCAUGUCCAGCCAGCGUGGGGCAAACAGCCGCUACGUGGAGGUGUUCCCCUGCAACACAGAGGAGAUGGGCCUGGUGCUGAUGGGAGGCUCGCUCUCACACGCACAUACACUUGCACACACCCGGAACAGGAGUGGGACAGGGCUAAGCCCGCCGCCAUGUCUAUCUCCACCAUCCUACUCCUUCGCCCCCAUUCCAUCUGUCAUGUCUACAGAGGCCGCUGCCGCCCUCUACCCUCCCAUGGGUCAGGUGAUGCUGGCCCCACGCCCCAUGCCACCUGGACAUGCCUACUACCCGGCCUCAGCGCAGCUAUACAUGAACUACGCAGCCUACUACCCAAGUCCACCUGGCUCACCUACCACCGUAGGUUUCUUCCCCUCCCCCUCCUCCCUCUCCUCCCAGGGGGGGUUGAUGCGCAUGCCAGGUCUGACAUACAACAGCAACGGAGUCAAAGACCUCAUUAACGCCAUGCAGGCAUACCAGUAUGCCCCCGAGGAUGCUCUCAUGCACGCCCAUGGGCCUGUGCACGCUCACGACCCGACCGGGACAUUGCUUACGCAGCCCAAAGAAUGGAGUCCCGCGGAGUCCAUGUCUCUCCUGAACAGCAGUCUGAUUGGUCAGUCCAGCGGAGGCGAUGCUCCUCUCAUGUCCCUCCCCGCUCUCAUGAACAAGCCGGCGGGACAGUACCUGGACCUGACCCUGCUGUAGGGUCACAAACAUACAAAGGUCAUGUGACAAUUUGCUAUAUGUCAAAGAUUUGUAAUGUAUUGUUAGGUUUUUAAAAAUAGUCUUUUAGAUGUGUUAUUUAUAUCUUUAAGAACAGAAAUUAAUGUAUUUUAUACCAAAAUCAUUGUGGCCUUAGCCAAGAAAUAGCAGUUGUUGUCUUAUAUUGCACAAUGUGUAUUUUAAAAGCUUUAUAGAGAUUUUUUUAACAUAUGUUAUUAUAUUAUAAUCAUUAUUUUGCUAGCCAAACUAGAGAAGAAUGACCUAGUAGCAACCGAGCUAAAUCUUUUCCAUGAGCUUCUCUGUGAAGAGUGAAAGUGUGUGUGAGUGUGUUUCAGUGUGAAAGAGAUGAAAAUGAGUAUUAUGCAUGGCUGUGUUGAUAACGUCUCAAUACUCAAUCUGUUUAUGCAAUACAUUUUAUGUGUUUAUAUACGUUUGAUACAGUACACAGUGAUUGUAUUGGAAGCUUUAGUGCAUGAAGAAGUUAGUAGUAAAACUUUAUGAUGUUUACAUAAUGCCAAAUAUCAAUGCACUGCUAAUCAACAAGACUACUAAUGAAUAUAAUAGCAGUUGAAUGAUAACAUAUAUGUUACACUGUGAGUUUGUCAAAUAGUCUGAUCCUGGCAUCAGGCUUCACUUACAAAUAUGUGACAUCUCACAGUUAUUAGCCCCCUCCUUUCCUUCUUAUGUACCCUACAUGGGUUUCUUUCCAUGUUGUGUAAUGCCAAUGUUGUCUUGCCCUUUGUUUUGGACUCACGUUUGAACAGAGGACAGUUCUCUGUAACCUAACCACAGGGUCACAAGCUCUCAUCUUACUGAGUGAAUCUCAGGAGCCUGGGGUGGCUUUUAUUACAUGUUUUACUCAGAUAAGACCGCAAAGAUGCGUCAGUCCUUGUCUUCUUUCCACCAUCUCAACGGACGCCAUGGAGCGAACAGGUUUUCCCUGCAGAAAUCCCUUCGCCAUUUCUCUUUUUAAUUAAAUCAUUUGGAGAGUAGAUGGAAAGUUGAGAAGGAUAGGAAAUGAAGGACACCUCUGACAUGUAACUUGUGAAUUAAAAUUGCCAUUUUUGCCCCGUUUGGGCUCCAUGUCGCUUUCUACAGUGGGACUUUAAACUCCUGCUCAGGACGUCCUGCUGUGGCAAUGCUGAAACAACAAUAAACAUAACAUGUGAAGUCUCUCA